GAUUUUCUUGGUUCUCUGCGGGUGCCUGGACGAUGAAGUCAGACCGAGCGCAGGUCAGCAAUACAACCUGACCAGGAUGUUAGCUGGAAUGGUUUUAGCGGGAUUCUAGUUCUAUUCUAGUCGGAAAGAAGGAAAUCCCCUACUGGGGCGAGGCCCAAAUCUCGCAUGGAACGAACAUCACCUGGUCGAAUUAGCCACAUAACCCCCAACCCUCACCGGUCCUUCCCAUGGGAAUGGAUCAUUAAUAACAGAAUCAUGAGUAAUACCAGGGGAAAGGAUAGCGAUUGUCCAACCCCGGACCGGAGCUCGCCAGCGAUUGGAGCAGCUCCUGCAACCGAACCCUCCAGUCGCUAUGACAGAUCAUCCGCUGCUGCGACUCUGGUAAAUCGCCAGGGAUCUUGCAUCCACACAGCCAACACCCCUGCGAUAACGGACACAGUGACUGGUGGCCCUCCUGAUUUACCACACAGAAACUUUCUGCCUAUUCUUGAGUAGGAACCUGGAGCAGUUCGCUGGCCGACCAUGGAGGGGGGGCAUCUUCUACGAUGAGAAACAGGGAAAACAGUAGGGCAAGGUCGGAGGGGCUCUCUGCUCCCCAGAAACCAGGGUGUUUGAC